AUGGCCGACGAUCAACCGCCGGCUAGUAGCCUAGUCCAACCCCUAAACAAUAAACCAUCCUUUGGUCAAAUUCUUGGAGGCCUAAAACCAAAUCCAAGAACACUAUCCAAAGCUUUCACGGCUUCUUUCGAACCAAAAGCUUCCAUUAUUCAAUCUGAACCAACACAAUACAAAAGAGAGCCGACUUUCCUUCUAACACAGGUGGAAGAUGACAAAUUGGCUGCUCCAUUUCAGCUUGCUCUUGUUGGGAAACUCAAAAUGGGUCGACCAACAAUGGAUUAUUUGUGGAAAGAAUUCCAAACAAUAGGUUUCAAAGGUGGUUUUUCUCUUGGAAUGAUUGAUCGACGUCUUGUACUCAUCUACUUCCAUUUAGAGGAAGAUUUCCAACGUUGCUGGAUGAAAGGUGUUUGGACUUUUGAUAAGCAUUCCAUGCGAAUUCAGAAAUGGACACCAACUUUCAACCCGACACAUGAGUCUCCGAUUGUUCCAGUUUGGGUGUCCUUUGAAGGACUUCCAAUUCACCGUUUCAAUAAAAAAUACUUGCACAAAGUUGCUACAAUCAUUGAUAAGCCCCUCAAAUCGACGUUCCUACUCUCAACAUGUCCCAUCCCUCUGUUGCUCGGGUUUGUGUGGAGAGAAAUAUCACCCACAGGCCCCGGUUACCAUGAGCGGAAGGAAAACACAGUAGUGGAAGCAAUUCCUCUCGCAAUGGAUGAGUCUCCGGUGGCCAUCGGAGAACAAGAAAGUCUGGUCGACGAGCUGGAUAAUCUUCAAAGGAUGGCGCCGCCGGCGGCUAUUCAGGAAGUCCCCACAAUCUCACAAAACCCGCCAAACCCACAACUGAAGCCGAUUCCAUCCGCGAUAGCUCAGGACGCGCAAUCACAGUCAUCUUGUCAACUUGAAUCUCAAAAUUCAAAAGCUGAUUUCUCGCAGUCAUAG